GGCUGAUUUUGGCAUUACAUAAUGACAACUUGCAGUUUUGUUGUUUCAUGUGCCUCUAAUACCUUGAGGUUUUGUAAAAGUUUUCAACACAAAAAUCUUUAUACUUCUCCUGCACUGCUACAUUGUUGGAGCAAGGCGCACUUGGAGCUUUUCCGUUCCUUGCUUGUUGUCAAACCAAGUGCACGUCAACGGUACCGCCCCUCCCGUACCUUGUCUUCGUCUAGCACAAUCUUCAGCGGAGAAAGAAAUUGUAAGUGUUGUACCACCACAGAAGAAGAACACAAAGUGCAAGAACCCCCGUUCUCUGGUAAAAGUGAAAGCUUCAACGAUUGGACCACGAGAGAUUCAGCAAAGGUUCGGAUCAAAACAAUAUUAGAGCAAGGCGAAAAAUUGGUAGACAAGAAUGUAACUAUUCAGGGUUGGAUUCGUUCCAUUCGUGAUCAAAAGAAGUUUGCUUUUUUAGUAGUAAACGAUGGUUCGUGCUUGAGUGGGCUCCAGAUCUUUGUCGAGAGCACGUUGCAGUCAUAUGAGGAAGUAAAAUCACUGUUAACAGGCAGUUCUGUUUCUGUUAGUGGAAAGCUAGUUCACAGUAUCGGUAAAGGACAGUUUUACGAGUUACAAGCGGAAGAAGUUCGUAUACUUGGAGAUUGUGAUGCAUCCUAUCCGCUCCAGAAGAAGCGUCAUUCUUUUGAAUACUUAAGGAGAAUAGCUCAUCUGAGACCUCGUACAAAUACUUUUGGAGCAGUAAUGAGAGUCAGGUCUAUGUUAGCCUUUGCAACACAUUGUUUUUUUCAAGAAAAUGGUUUUGUUUAUAUUCAUUCUCCUAUCAUUACUUCUUCAGAUUGUGAAGGCGCUGGUGAAAUGUUCCGAGUUCUUACUGAACCAGGAAAGAGUUUAAACGACGCGCGACGUGAAGAUGCAAAGAAUUUCUUUGGCAUUCCUACAUUUUUAACUGUUUCGGGACAAUUGUCUGCUGAAGCUUAUUCAUGUGCUUUAAGGGACGUUUAUACGUUUGGUCCGGCGUUUCGAGCCGAAUAUAGCAAUACAACGAAGCAUUUAUCCGAAUUUUGGAUGGUUGAACCCGAAAUGGCUUUUGCAAAUUUACAAGAUGAUAUGAACAAUGCCGAAUCUUAUGUGAAAUUCGUCAUUCAGUAUGUUCUUGAAAAGUGUAAAGAAGACAUCGAUUUUUUCGAUCGUUUCAUACAAAAUGGUUUAAAGUCCAGAUUGCACAAAUAUAUAGAAAAACCUUUCGCCAGAAUCUCAUAUUCGGAAGCAGUUGAAAUCCUCCAGAAUAGUGGAAAUCCCUUUCAGUUUCCAGUGAGUUGGGGUGAAGAUCUGGCUACAGAGCAUGAGCGUUAUUUAGCGGAAGAAUAUUUUGAUCAUCCGGUGUUCGUUUACAACUAUCCAGCUGCAAUAAAAGCAUUUUACAUGAAAAAUAAUGACCAUGAUUCUGGUAAGACUGUUGCUGCUAUGGAUCUUUUGGUACCAAGAAUAGGAGAACUUAUUGGUGGUAGUGAGCGAGAGGAUAGGUUAGAUGUAUUGGAGCAGAAAAUGCAUCAACUCGGAUUAAAGGCAGAGAACUACUGGUGGUAUUUGGAUUUACGACGUUUUGGAAGCGUCCCACAUGCUGGAUAUGGUCUGGGUUUUGAGCGACUAGUCUUAUUUGUUACUGGUAUGGAAAACAUUCGUGAUGUUAUUCCAUUUCCGAGAUUUCCUGGAAGUGCGGAAUUUUAGAUAAACGUUUUCUAUUUUGAUUUCUGCGUGUCAUAUGCUCCAUUUUCGCGAAUUGAGGAUGAGCCUUUAUAUGGAACGGAAGCUAUUUUCAUGCUCUUCAAUGUGCCACAAUUGAACUGAACCUAUACAGCAUUACUAUAGCUUUUUUGUGAUAGUUCAAGUAGAACUUUACAACACACCAUGUCUUCAUGGUCAGAGUUUGACGAAGCUGAUAAAUACCUGACCGUUGUACCCUAUUUGAUUUCGGUUUCAAUGUUGGAAAGAAGAACUUUUGACUCUGAAAGAAUUCGACAAGUUGUGUGAUAGGUAAAGAAAGCAGCUAUCCACUGCUUAAA